AUGUCUUCAGGGUCAGAAAAGGAUAAAGAGAGGCUCAUUCAAGCUGCCAAAACGUUCUUCUUUCACAUGCACGAUCUUGCUUCCUUCACAAAUGCACUCACCGAAUUGUUUAACAGCAGUAUGAACACUCAGAUCUUCUUGGUGGCUGUGAAAGAAGAUGGUAAUGUUAAGGAUGUCUUUGAACAGAUGCUCAAAACUUUUAAGGAGAUGCAAUCUGCAGUGGUGGCAAAGCAGGACAGAAUGCAAAGUGAACCUUUAUGUUCCAAGAUUGCAACAGCUAUGUGCUCUAUGCUUGAGAAGAGUAGCAGUGUAAAGGAGUUGCAACAGUCAGCCAAAGAAAUGUUCAAAAAUGUCCAUACACCAGUCAUUGCUUCUGUGCUGAAUAAUGGUAACAUCCUUGAGAGUCUGGAAUCUCUUUCACUCUUGAUGAAAUAUCCCAUCAUGAAUCUUCAGUUAAGUGACGUCUAUAUAAAAGACACCAAAGAGCAAUCAGACGAUACCACAUCUGAGAAAAGCCCAAGUCCUGGUCCAUCCAAAGCCACUACAAUAGACACCUUGAAAAAGUUGCAGGAUGCACUAAACACUGAGAAUGCCAAGGAUACCAUCGAGUUAGCUGCAGAUCAGAUGGAGCAAAUUGUCAGAACCAUGGGACCAAUCUUAGAGAUCCUCCAAAAAGCCAUAAAAACUAUGGAAACCAAGUUUUCUGUGUUUAAGAAAACCAAGGACUAG